CAUAUAUAUAUAUGUAUGUAUGUAUGUUGUCUGAAACUGGACAGAACUCCAAUUACUACAAUCCAAGCAAAGGAAUGAAUCAAAUAGUAUGAAAUUUCAAACACUACAUAUAUUCCAAUUCCAUCUCCUACAACAAAUUGAGUGUCGGAAAAGAACAAACAGGUAAGAAAUGAGUGAUGGGAUCGUGCAGAGGUCUAUUGCCAGCCUCGGCAAAGGAUUCGACCUGUCCUCCGAUUUCCGACUCAAGUACUGCAAGGGCGACUCCAGGCUCAUCCUCCUCAACGAAACCGACACCCGGGAGCUGUCCGUCCCGGGUUUCGGAUCCUUCGACGGUGUCUCCGUCGACAUCAAGUGCGACAAGGGUGAUCGAAUCAGGUACCAGUCCGAUAUCCUCGACUUCAAUCAGAUGUCGGAAUUCUUCAACCAGAAAUGUUCAGUACCCGGAAAGAUCCCGUCCGGGAUGUUCAACUCGAUAUUCGGGUUCCAAAGCGGGUCGUGGGCGGCUGAUGCUGCAGAUGUGAAGUGUUUAGGGCUUGAUGGAUACUUUAUUGUGUUGUUCAGUGUGCAUGUGGACAGAUAUCCACUUGUUCUUGCUGAUGAAGUAAGAAACGCCGUUCCUUCUACAUGGGAUCCUCGUGCUCUUGCAAGAUUUAUAGAAAAGUAUGGAACUCACAUAAUAGUGGGGCUGGGCAUAGGAGGACAAGAUGUGGUAGUAGUGAAGCAAGACAAGUCUUCCAACAUGGAACCUUCACAGCUGAAGAAGCACUUGCAAAACCUUGGGGAUCAGUUAUUCAAUGGGACAUGCACUUUUUCUCCACACCAAUUCAAAAAUAAAGAACAAAAACACAAGGCGCCGCAGGCCUUCAACGUCUUUGAUCCACAGUCCACUCCUCUCACCACUUACGCCUCCAUCACUGCAAAAGAUGGAAUCAGUGUAAUGUGUUGGAGACGAGGAGGAGAGGGAUCAGUGAGUACGCAUUGUGAAUGGCUGCUCACAGUUCCAUCAAUGCCUGACGCCAUACAUUUCAACUUCAUUCCCAUCACUUCUCUUCUUAGGGGCGUUCCUGGCAAAGGUUUCUUAUCCCACGCCAUCAAUCUCUACCUUCGUUAUAAGCCUCCAAUAGGUGAUUUACAGUACUUUCUGGAUUUUCAAGCACAUAGGAUAUGGGCCCCAAUUCACAACGACCUCCCAUUGGGCCCAAUAAGAAAUAAGGCCCUUCAAACGCCAUCACUGCACUUCAAUUUGAUGGGCCCAAAGCUGUAUGUAAAUACAAGUCAGGUGACGGUUGGAAACACACCCACACCCGUCACCGGAAUGCGCCUCUAUCUCGAGGGCAUCAAAUGCAACAGGUUAGCGAUACACCUGCAGCACUUGGUAAAUCCCCCAGUUCUUCUCCAAGACAAGCUACAAUUAGGCUCUCCCUUGUGCCGUGGAUCCGAGCAAUUCCCCGACAACCAUCGCUACUUCGAGCCCGUCCAAUGGAAGAUGUUCUCCCACAUCUGCACAGCCCCCGUCAAGUACGACCCCCGAUGGCUGAACGAUCCAGGUCCGGAAACCGUCUUCAUCGUCACCGGAGCUCAACUCCACGUCAAAAAACACGAAUCCAGAACCGUCCUGCAUCUCCGCCUAUCCUAUUCCAGGGUCACAAACUGCUGCAUUGUUCAGUCGAACUGGAUGCAAUACGCUUCCGAAAACCACUCCAUCAAAUCGGGGUUUUUAUCGUCCAUAAGCACUUCGCUAGCCGGGAACGCCGAGAGGGAAAAACCAGCGCAAGUGAUUGUGGAUUCGGGGGUUUACCCGACGGGGCCGCCGGUGCCGGUGCAGACGCAGAAGCUGUUGAAGUUUGUGGAUACGUCGGAGAUGAGGAGAGGGCCGUCGGAUAGUCCGGGUCAUUGGCUCGUAACGGGAGCGAAACUGGAUUUGGAGAAGGGGAAGAUAUGCCUCCGGGUGAAAUUCUCUUUGUUGAACCUGUGUUCUUGAAGAAAAUGAAGUUGUGGCAGAAUCGUGUUAUGAAUGGGGGAAGCGCGGAAUCGUGGUUUUGCGAUUUAAUAUGGGAAAAAGUGUGUGCCAUGUGAAUUUAUAAUCUUCUUGUGAUUGAUUUAAAUGACAAAGAAAUAAUCAAUGACAGGAUAAUAUGAAUUCAGUGGAUUAGAGUUUAGUUAUAGAGUUGUGGAUUGAAUGAGGGAUACGAGUUGAGUUGUAUAAUAUAUGUAUCAAGUAUUUAUUUGUAAAAAAAAUAAGUCAUAACUUGAUUCUUUA